UGACCGUUUAAACGCCCAAAAUUCAAAUCUAUGUAAAAUCCAAAUCAAAACAUUCACACCAGAACUUCACCAACCGAACAAAAUUCAAGAAAACGAUUAAAAUCUUGAAGACUCAGCUCUGGCAACUUACAAGAAUCAUCACAAAUUCACUGGUUCAUAUCAAGAAACCAAGAAAUCAUCGUCAUCAUCAAAAAUGGUGUACACAUACACACCUACAUACUACUCAACAAUCCAUGAGUCAAUCACUUCGCUUUGCAAGAAUAUUCUUCCUUUUUCUUUCAAGAAAAGAAGAUUACCUGCUGCUGAACACAGAUUAUCAAAGCUUCAAUCUGAUAACUUGAAAUGGCAGCAAGACUCUUACCAUCAAAUCUUGAACUUAAUGGGUCUUCACAAAGAAGGGAUUUUAAAUGAGAAUGAAGUUUCAGCUUUUAGAACUCAUUUGCUUGAAACCCUAAUUGCUUCUCCACCUGAACAUGAACAGCCUCUCAUCUUGAAAGACAAGUUAAUUUUCUUGCAGGAGCUGCUUUAUGCAAAAUGUAUAUCAGAAGAUGAGUACCAUUCUUCAAAAAGACCAUUGUUACAGAGAUUGGCAGUUCAAGGAGCGGAAAUUGAGGCAAGAGAUGUUUUUGUAGCUGGCCCAAAAGAUUUAAAAGAGAAUCCAGAAGAAAAAUGGUCAAUUAUUGAUUUAAAAGAUGAGAAAAGUUUGGUUAGUAAAGAAAACUUUCCAUUCAAGAACAGACCAAACCCUAACUCAGUAAUCAAGCAGCAGAUCAAAGGAGCUGUCUCUGUUUUUGGAUUUGGAUCAUCUCAUAAGCUAACAAAGCAUAGAGAUGAGAAGAGUAUAUUUGACAUUGAAGCCAAUGGUGCAGAGAACCCAGUUGGAUAUAGUGAAACUAAGUCAAUUCUGAUGCAACAAAGCUUACCAAAUGAGUCUGCAAAUGAAAAUGGAAGUAAUGGCAAGAUAAAGAGAAAACCUUUUAGGAAUCUAAUCAUGAAGGAUCAUGUUCAUGAUGGUGGUGGUGGUGAGAAUUGUGUUAAAUCUGAGGAGAAACUGUCAAAAUCAGCAAAGAAACAAUGGGGUUUUAAGAAAUGGAGUAAGAAAAAUGAUUCUGAUGAUGAGACUAAUCCUUUGCCUCUCAACAAUGAAAGAUCAGAUUAUGGAUCUUAUAGAGAAGGACCAGACACUAAAUUGAUAAAGAAGAAGCUGCAUUCCGAUGGUUCUGCUUCAGAUUUUUUCAUUGAUAAGGUUUUAGGUGACAAGAUAAAGAAAGAACUGUCAAGAAUUCAAACUGAACUCUGCACUACAAACCCCAAUCUAAAAUUCUCGGAUGAUCAAAUGGAAGCAAUUUCCACCAAGCUUCCAGUUGAGAAGGCUCAUCUGAAGCAGUUCUUUCCCAAGUCAUGGUGUGAUCGAUAUGGUGACGUGGUAUUGGAUGUGGUGAAGAAAGAGUUCAAAGAGCAUGUUGGAGAAAUGGAGAACAUGAGAAAUGCUUCUAGAGAGAAUCACAACACCAAUUCCAAGCGAUGGACUACAUUUGAAGAUAAUGAUUAUGAGAAUUGCCACCCGAACCUGUUUGCUCACAGCAACAAUAGUCAUCUUAGCAGCAGUAAGAACUUCGAGAACAAUCCGUUUUACGAUGAUCACAGCGAAAGCAUUGCGAACAAGCACAGAUCCGAAUAUCAGAAUCCAUUUUGGUCACCGAGGCACAGCUCUUCCUUGUUUGGUUGAACCAUAAAGAAUAUUCAUUACCUGUUAUUUCCUUUAUCCAGUAUCUUUACCUGUUCUAUUUUGCAAAUCUUGCCAUGUAUGAAGGCAUAAAGAAGAACACUGUUCUUCUUUAGCAUUAGGUUCAAUUAGUCUAUGCAGAAAUGUAAAAUUUUCGCAUGCACUUGUUGUAAAAAAAUUGUCUUUUAUUAUGUAUGUUAUAACUUCAUCUAUAAUUUCUAGAAAA